AUGACGAACGCGCUGGCAACCCGGGCGCUCGUGGCAUUGCGUUUCGACGAGGAACAACGUAUUGGUUGCGAUGGUGACUGCAACCGCACCUGGCCCAUCUCAGAGGAGAUGCAGUGGUGUCAGGAUUGCAUCCAUGCCCAUUUUGACGAAGAGUGUAGCCAGAAGAUCCAGCAGAAUGCGCUCCCAUUUUCGGUUUGUAAUAAGACACAUCAAUUCCUCCACGCUCCUAGGAUGGACGAAUCCUUGAAGAGCCUCCCGCAGGGCAUGGUGCCGUUUGGAGAUGAGGUGAUCUCGUUUGAGGAUUGGUUAGGUCGCAUUGGGAAGGAUUAUGUUAGACUGGGGAACUGA